GGACCGGAGGUGAAGAUCUACACUCAGAAAGGAUUGCUCUUUUUAAACACCAAAGAAAUUGAAAUCUACUUGACUGGCCCAUGGCUGACUCGUUUUGUUCCUUCAGUCCACAUUGUUGUGUUUAUAUUGGGUUUUCCAUUAAACAUUAUGGCCAUUUUAAUGUUUCUAUUCAAAACAAAACUGAAGAAGCCAGCUUUCAUAUUCAUGUUCAACCUUGCUUCUGCAGAUUUACUUCUUGUGACAGUGCUGCCUCUUAAAAUUUCCUAUCAUUUGUUGGGACACAACUGGGCAUUUGGGCCUGACAUGUGUUCUUUCGCCACUUCCACCUUCUUCUGCAACAUCUUCUGCUCUGUAUUGCUAAUGACAGCAAUAAGCAUUGACCGUUUCUUGGCAGUGCUGUACCCGAUGUGGUCUCUGUCAUGGCGAACACCAAAGCGAGCCUCUUUGACAUGUGGUGCAAUCUGGGUUGUAGCUAUCUCUGGGGUGAUACCUCUCCUUAUGAUCCCUCAAACACAGAAAAUAGCCCCAUUAAACAUAACAACCUGUCUUGAUGUGCUAGAUGUUUCUGUGGUUACACAGUUUCGUUUUUAUGCUUUUUCAUUAUCUGUCUUGUUCUUUUUUAUACCAUUGUUCAUAUCUACUGCCUGCUAUGUGUGUAUUAUAAGAAAACUGUGUUCUCCAGACAUUUCCACAAGACCAAGUAAGAAGAGACGCACUGUCCUCUUGUGUGCAGCUGUUUUGUGUUCUUUUCUUCUUUGUUUUGGUCCAAUGAAUAUUCUGUUGUUGAUCUCAGCCAUUUUUCCAUAUUCAAAUAAUGGGAGGAUCUUUUUGGCUUACAUGCUAUCUCUCUGUAUUGGUAACAUAAACUGUUGCAUUGACCCUUUGAUCUAUUAUUAUGCUUCCUCAGAAUGUCAAAAACAAGUCUGGAGGUUCCUGCGUCUUAGGAAGCAUUCCAGUUCUGAAAAAGACAUUCAGAGAACAAGCAGUAAUAUGACCACAUCUUCCAGUGGUUUGAAUCACUUGUCUCAAACAUAG